UUCCCAAAAUGUCAAAAUGUAAUUCUAUAUUGAUUAUGAAUUGUAAAGGUAGGAACCCAUAAAAUAUACGGUAGUUGCAUACCCCUAGUUAAGUUUUUGUAGAAAGUGCUAUAGCCAUGGAAAACUAUUAUGGUUGUUCUCUGUGUAGCAGGUGUAAUGUUUGAGACUACUGUACUAAUUGUGGUUGCCCAGUUGAAUGAUGCAUUUUUGUAUUAGCAUUGCACAUUCCUAAGUGAUGAAGUGCUGCACAAUGUGAGCUGACAGAUGUGGUAAAGAGUUUUCAGAUUGAAAGUUGGAAGUUUCCUGCAGCUUACACGGGGUGGUAAGCUUCAUGUACAGAAACCAGUGAGAUUCACAUGAUAUUUUUAAAGCAGUAGUUUUGUCUGGAUAUUCUCCUGUGUACUAGACUAGGGCCAAACCUGAAUCUAGACUUGCAGGUUGUGCCCUCCUGCUGUGGGGAGGGGAAUCAAAAGCCAGCAGCUGGAGCUAAAGUCAGGCAAGUUGGAAGCUUGUUCCCCAAAUGCAGAACACAAAGGUGUUGACCAGUCAAGAGAGUUUGUGCUGUCUUUGAGUUUCAGGGGCCAGUGUUGGUCUUGAAUUCUUCCUUCUCUGCCUGAAGAGGGAGAGAGAUUCAGUUUAGUUCACAUUUAAUGUGACUCUACCUAAUUUCCACUUUCUGAAACAAUACAUGAACCUAAAUGCAGCUUUCUUUUGAAAUUUACACUUAUCUGGAUUCUGCAGCAAAAAGGAAAAGUGUGUAAAAAUGUACAUAUUGUGGGAACAUGUGCAUAAUAAUAAUUAUUAUUUUAGUGAAAAUAAAAUACAACAAUAGGAAAAUUGCUUAGCAAAGUGCAUUUUAGGAGAAAUGCACAUUAAAAUGUUGACUUACAUUUUCAUGACUUUAUAAAAAAUGCAAACUGUUACUGAAAUGUGGUGAGCUGAACUUAAGAUUUAAAAAUUGACAGAUUCAUCCAUCCCUAGGCUUGAGUUUAGGAAUGAACUAUUGAAAACUGGAGUCCCUGAUAUCAUUUGCUGUUUGCUGCUUGGUUAUGAAUUGGGAGCACAAAUACUAACCUGUUAUAAAGGACCUUGUGAGAACUGUAUAGCUGCCAGCUAGCUAUCUCAAUAUUUUUUUCUUUACAAGGAGUGGCAUUUAAUAAUUGAAGUUAUAUGGCUCACUCUGUCACCUAUACUGUAUUAUCGCUAACUACUCUUUUGUACUUUAUGAUUCAAUUAAAUUAACUGAGCCAUUUAUUAACUUAUUCAUAAUAAAUUUAUUAAUUGCCUGUUUUCUUCUGUAUGCAUAGCCAAAUCACACCAGUUAAGGUCUAACGUUUUACUCAGUUCGUACCAAAAAAACAUGCUGCAGCUGUAUAGUGCAGUUCCUUGAUUUUCUUCUAGUUGCUGUUCUUCUUUAUAAAAUUGUUCUGAACUUCACAUUGAUGAUGGGUCCAAUUUAUCUACAGUCAAUAAAUAUAUGCAUGUAUGGAUUAUAGUUUGAAGUCAACAAAAGUAUAGUUUUUGAUAUUUAGGUAGAUUUGCAAAAUGGGAUUUUUGUACCUUUUUAUCUAACAUAUUUAGAUUGGGCUGUUAGAAAACAAAUGCCAUAGCUUCCCGAGGAGAGAAUUAUUGAGGCAUUAGCAGGCAGGUUUUGCCUCAGAGCUAUUGCACCCUGCCCUACAGGAAGCUGGGUUGGUCCCAUGGUGCUGUCACUUUUGAACUACUCAGAUGUGUACUGGAAUGUAGUUUAUUUGAGAAUGAAAGGUUUUAUUUUUAAUAGGCAUUCUUUGGCUGCUCUUUACCAUUAGCAUGUAGGCAAAUUAUUCACUCCUUAGUUGUGAAACACUCUUCUAAAGCACAUCGGAAUUCAAGCCUUCCAAAAAUGCCAACAGUCUUUAUUAUUUGGGCUAGAAUUCAACAAGUUAGCUCUGUCUCUCUCUGUGUAAUCUAAUGUUUACACAAUGCUUUCUAAAAAGCUAUCAGAAGGAAGUUUUCAAAAAUUGAAAAGCGGCUAUUGACAAUAUUUCCUGCUUGAGGAGAGCUAACAACUAAAGCAUGUUUAUAAAUAUUAGUCUUGCACCAAUCACCAUUACCUUCCAGUUCAAAGCUUGGUUUGCAAAUGUUGGAUCAGAAGGCAGCCUAGCUGCAUGUGCCUUUCUUUCUUGCCAGUGACACACCAUCCUUAGUAGUACAUAAUACAGUACAUGUUUUAGUGCCAAUCUGAAAGUGUGGAUUAUAAUUGUGUCAACUUUAUAGAUACAAAUGCACCCAAAAGUCAUCUGAUGGCUGACUGUCAGCAUCAUGUAAAUGUGUGUGGCUGCUGUCCAAAUCGCACAGACAAGCUUUGUGUCCUGACUUUUGUUUGAGUUUGUACAGAAGGUUUAAUGCUUUUAGAAUUUAGUCACUGAGGCAUGCUUUCCUGCAAUCAUUUUUAAAAAUCUGUUCUGUUUUGCGUCUCUGGUAUGUUGGUGUUUAGUGAUUAAAUGAGACAGAAAAGAUCCAGGAUGCUUUGUUAGUAGGAGGGGGCAAAUUUGAUUGUCGUCAGCACUGGGUUUCCAUAUGGGUACUUAAAAGCAUUUGGCUUGCAGAUGAUUGCACUAAAAAUAGCUUUUGAGCAGUUUGCAGCAGGGUCCAAUUUCGUGCCUUAGCUGAGUUGGCUAUAAGAAACUUUCUUUGUGGCUGUAGGAAGGCUUACAUGAGGGACGUUUUUUGCUGGUUCUAUCUGGACACUUGUUUUUUAUAUUAAGAUUUACUUAAUUCAUGGAUAAAGGACACUGAUGCCAUGGCUGAAGAUUCAGAAGCAAGACAUGGAGGGAACAAGAAUGGGAAGAAAGAAGGAAUUUCUGGAAGUUCAUUUUUUACUUGGUUUAUGGUAAUUGCACUGCUGGGAGUGUGGACAUCAGUUGCUGUGGUUUGGUUUGAACUUGUUGAUUAUGAGGAAGUGCUAGCCAAAGCAAAGGACUUCCGUUAUAACUUGUCAGAGGUACUCCAAGGAAAACUUGGGAUCUAUGAUGCUGAUGGAGAUGGAGAUUUUGAUGUGGAAGAUGCCAAGGCUUUGCUAGGACUUAAAGAAAGAUCUGUCCCAGAACAGCAAAAGCCAAGAGAUGCUGAAGAGGUUAUCCAACCUACAGAGGAGCCACAUGGGAGAGCAGAACACAGGAGUGCUGAAGCAGAACCAGAAGAGGAAGAUGAAAUGGACACUUUGCUACGUGAAGUUCUUGAAUCAGAGUUUGAAAAAAUAAGUGAAGCAGAUGAAGAAACAGAUUUUCAGGAAGAGGAUAGUGAAACACCUGAAGUUCCCACAGAACAGGAUGUAUAUGAUGGAGACCUUGAAGAGAAAGUGCCAGAAGUACUAGAAACACCAGAAUCUCUCUAUGAAGAACCUGCAAGUGACUAUCAACCAGAAGAGCCAGACACAGAUGACAGUCAUGAUGCAUAUGAAUAUCAUGCACAUAUGGAAGAAGCUACAUAUGAACCUGAAGGCCAAGAUGACACAGAACUAAAUCUAGAGGAUGCUCUGGAACAUAACACAGAACCUUAUUCACAGGACACAGAAAAGCAGGACUAUGUGGAUGAACAUGAAUUAGAAAAUGAAGAAUUUAUUGAAGCUCAGAAUACAGAUGGAGAACUGUUAUCCGAACAUUAUUAUGAAAAUAUGCAAGAGUCAAUUGAGAGUGCUGAUCAAACACAUGAAAAUGAAGCAGAUGUUCCACAUUCUGCUACUGAACAAAUUCAGUCAGAUGAGAGAGAACAUACAGAAGAUCAUGUGACUGCUCAACCCCAUGAGACAGAAGUUCCUGUUCAAGUGGAAGAUCAUUCAAAUGAUGAUUUAGUUGGACAAAGUGAAAAUGAAACUCAGCAAAAAGAAAAAGUGAAGAAAAAGAAACCAAAAUUGCUCAAUAAAUUUGAUAAACAGAUUAAAGCUGAACUUGAUGCUGCAGAGAAGCUGCGUAAAAAGGGAAAAGCCGAGGAAGCUUUGAAGGCAUUUGAAGCAUUAGCCAACAAGUAUCCCCAAAGCCCACGGGCAAGAUAUGGAAAAGCGCAGAGUGAAGAUGACUUGGCAGAGAAAGCAAGAAGCAAUGAAAUACUACAGCGAUCCAUCAGUACCUAUGGUGAAGUUGCUAGUCUACCAAACGUCCCUGAUGAUCUGGUAAAACUCACAUUGCAAAGAAGGGCAGAUCGGCAACAAUUUCUUGGUCGCAUGAGAGGCUCCUUGGUUACACUGCAAAAACUUGUUAGCCUGUUUCCUAAUGAUACUUCACUCAAGAACAAUCUAGGAGUGGGUUACCUUUUGAUUGGUGACAACAGCAAUGCCAAGAGGGUUUAUGAGGAGGUUUUGAGCCUGGCUCCUAAUGAUGGCUUUGCUAAAGUGCAUUAUGGCUUCAUCCUGAAGGCAGAGAACAAGAUUGCAGAAAGCAUUCCCUAUUUAAAAGAAGGUCUAGAAUCAGGAGACCCAGGCACUGACGAUGGGCGCUUUUAUUUCCAUUUGGGUGAUGCCAUGCAGAGAGUUGGAAACAAAGAGGCGUACAAGUGGUAUGAACUUGGGCACCAGCGGGGUCACUUUGCAUCUGUCUGGCAGCGCUCUCUCUACAAUGUCAAGGAUUUAAAGGCUCAGCCAUGGUGGACAGCAAAGGAAACAGGUUAUACAGACCUGGUCAAGUCCUUAGAGAGAAACUGGAAGGUGAUUCGAGAUGAAGGACUUGCUGUGAUGGAUAGAGGAAAAGGCCUCUUUCUGCCUGAAGAUGAGAACUUGCGGGAGAAAGGUGACUGGAGCCAGUUUACUCUCUGGCAGCAAGGAAGAAAAAAUGAAAAUGCAUGCAAGAGUGUUCCCAAAACAUGUGCCUUAUUGGAACGAUUUCCAGAGGCCACUGGAUGCAGAAGAGGACAGAUCAAAUAUUCUGUCAUGCACCCAGGGACUCAUGUCUGGCCUCACACAGGGCCUACGAACUGUAGGCUGAGGAUGCAUCUAGGCUUGGUGAUUCCAAAAGAAGGAUGCCAGAUUCGGUGUGCUGAAGAAACAAGGUUCUGGGAAGAAGGGAAAAUCCUUAUCUUUGAUGACUCUUUUGAACAUGAAGUGUGGCAGGAUGCUGAUGCUUAUCGCCUGAUAUUCAUUGUGGAUGUUUGGCAUCCAGAGUUAACAUCGCAACAGCGGCGCUCCCUUCCAGCCAUUUGAAGGAUGCUUGAGGCUUUCCCUGUUGAGGUCUACAUUUUAUGUUUGGAAGUGCUGGUCUCCUUAAAAACAGAAAGAAACCUGAAUUGUAUGUAUGAAGUAAUCUGGGCAUGGACUUUAAAGCAUCCUAUUCUGUGCUUCAUGAGGCACUGAUCUGAUAGCUCUCUAUUCAUGCUGCAAGUACAGAUUCCUAUUCUUUUGUCAGCCAAAGAAUAUCCUGUGCCAUAUAUCAAAAUAAGACUUAUGCCAAUAUUUGUUAUGCCAGCAUUAUGCUUACCACUGCUAAGCAUACACUUGGUGUACUAGUCACGUAACUACUAAUGCUUGUGUGUAAACAUAAAGGACACAGAUUUUCAGACACUGUGAGUAUGCAAUUUCUGUUCACAUGAAGGAAAGUUGUGCAGCUACAGUACUAGGUGAAUUGCAUCUCACAUCAGUGCUUCUAUAUCCUUCUAAGGACACUCAUGACCAGUAACUCACAAGCAUCUUGGAAAUUUGUCAUACUAGAAUGUGUAGAAAUGCAUUUAGAUUUAAGUGAAUGAACUGAUAGUGUGAGCUGUAGAUAAUGUGAGUGGAUAAUUUGGUAUUGUAUUUUUAAAAAGAUCAUAGUAUUUUUGUAUCGUAGAUGGAUACCAUUUUCCUGCUUUUUAUGAACCACUUUGCUCUUGUAAUUUUCUUUUGGAAUAAUGAGAAUCCAUGUUAAUUUUGCAGAGAUGACAUCUUAUGGAGCUGCUCUUCAUUUUAUUGA